AUGACAAGUUAUUUACACACCAACCUGUUUAAUGUUAUUGGAUAUGAGGAUAAUGAAAAUCUGGAACAACGAACUCGACCUGAUUCUCAUGUAGAACAACAAUGCUUUCGUACAUAUUUGAGGAAAAAAGAAUUUUUCACUCUUAAAAAAAUUAAUAACACAUUAGCUAAUUUAGAUAGAGAUGUUAAAUUAAGUAAGGAAAUGAAAUCAUUCAGUAUACUUGCAAAAGAAAAACGACAAAAAUUUAUUCAAAAUACUUUAUUACAGCAAAGUAGUACUAACAUUUGGAAACCAAUUCCAGUAACAGAACAAGAGGCUGAUGCACUAAAAAAUAAAAGUGCAAUGAGAAAAGAAGAACUCAUUGCAAUCAUUAAUUUAGUGCUUAUUUCACUUCCUGAGUCACAAUACGCAAAGUAUACUAACCUAAAAAAUAAAACAAAGGAUAUGCUUUUAACGAUAUUGCAAGAAAUAUAUGAUUUAAAUAGUGCUGAAAAAAUUAUAGACGAAGAAACUACCAUUAAUAAGCUUACUAAUGAAAGCUUAACAAAGAACAAUUAA